UCGCUCCAUAUAAGCAAAGCAAGCCUUCGACACACUGUACUGUUCCCUUCCAACCACAACCAUGCAAGCCACGAAAUCGUUCGAGCGAGCUUUCCUCAGGCAACUGCUUCGUGUCUUCCGACUAUCUGCUGUUUCGUACAAAAGCAUGAGCUUACAAGAGAGGAAGAGCGCCAUCAAGCUGUCGGCGGAUGUGGCCAUGGCCUCUGCGAGAGGCAGCAGAAAAUGGACUCGUGGCCUCAUCGCGAAGCUCUCCGAGGAAGACGAGCACAGGUCCUUCCUCCGGCUCAUCCUGGGAACGGAGUACGAGAGACUGACCAAGCCAUGCCACGGCUCAUGGAAGAUCCCAAGAAGCAAGAAGAUCGUGAGGAGGAGCCUCCGAGUGUGCUCAAGGAGGAAGAACAACCUACGCGCACCGCACGGUGUCAAGAGCAGUGUCCUCGCCAGGACUCUGGUGGAGAAGAGAACACAUGCGCUCAAAAGGCUUGUUCCCGGGGGUGAGUCCUUGGAUGGGUACUCUUUGUUAGAUGAAGCCUUGGACUAUGUCAUCUCUCUUCGAGCUCAGGCGGAUCUAAUGCAGAAGCUUCUGACGACUUUCGAGGCAUCAAAGCUCAGUGCUCUCAGCAAAUGCACAUUGCCCGAAAGAAAAGCUUCGUUCGUUGGCAAAUGAGGGAUGUGAGGUGGGAGGCUGGUAUUCACCAGCAAAAGUUGACAGAAAAGGCUCAGCUAAGGCCAAAGCUCACACUGUAAAAUGGGAAGAACGUGGUCUCUGAAGAAAGUAACAUGGGAAGAAUGUGAUGCCUGCAACGAGUGGUUUGUGAUAUCUUUGAGAUUGAAGGUCCCAAUGUGAAGGACCGGAACUGCGCAUGUUAAACCUCAUCAUAUGGUUGUAUAUUUCUGCUACUUUGGUUUGCGAGAGUGGAGAGGGAUUAAGAAGUGGAACUUUCUUUCCUUUUGCAAUCGAUGUUACUAGCUCUUGUAGUUACCAUCACAUACAAAUAUGUCUGGGAAAGCAAGAAGCAGCAGCAGCUCCUCUUCAAAGCACUCAAAAUCCGUGUGCUGUUUGAGCAAAUUCACUCAAAAGUCUAUUAUGAAUUAUUAGUUCCCUUUA